AUGGGCCCUCCCCGGGAACCUUCAAGUCAAUCACCGCCGUCGUCGGCGAAAUCUUUACCUUACCGCAACGGUUCAAGACACGCUUCGUCCAAUCUCCGAAAGCUUUAUCGCAUAUCCGCUCAAGAUGUUGGCGACCCCCGCCACGAGGAACACUCCUAUCAUUCUGUCUCGACCGUCUUGCCAACCUCGCCCCAUCUUCCCCCUACGCCGCCUGGAGCGAACGUCGAGAGUGACUCGCCAGCUCCGGAGGAAAUUGCUCCAUCUAUUGAUGCAGCCGUCUUUAGAUCGAGCUUGGUGACGCCCAAUAACCAAAACAGUCCUCCGACUCCCGACAACACUCCUCCGCGCGAGCGCAAUGCUUCAUUCGUCCGCCCGUUUUUGGGCACCCAUUCGUCCAUGGCUUCCACCCAAGCGGAGUCAUUCACGACCGCCCGGGAAGUUCUCACCUCCGAUGUCGAGUCCGACGGGAUUGUGCAACGCCAAGAGCCUGGGUUCCUGUGGCCCUUGAGCUCCGUUGACAAAUUCGGCGCGACAGCGCAUCGGCUGCGACCCAGUGCCUUACCUCGUUCGCCACUGGUAAACUUUUAUGGCGAGGAACCGGUUCUUAGACGAUCUCCAGAGUCCCUCGUUGACAAACCUCGCUUUCUUGGUAGCGAAAGCAAUGCAGAACUUCAUACAGGGGCCGUACAGCUGAACUCAAGCUCGAGCUCAGAGGCGGUCCCAGAUGGCGAGCUUGUCCAUAUUCGUAUCGAUACAGCUCCAGCCAUACCGUCCGAAAGCAUCGGAUCGCUAUAUCCAGUUCGCCACAGCGUUGAUCAACAAGAAUUGAGCAGAGGCAAGAGUCUGCGCGAAAGACUACUGCAAGCGCAACGCCAGGACCCGUCUGCAUCAACGGAAAAGUUUGCGGACAUCAUUGGCUGGAACAGUUCUGUGCCAAUUGGUGAUGUGCCAGUUGAAGAACGCCGCUCGGGCGUCGAAGACAAUCGGCGUUUUUCUGGCAUCUCAACAACUUCAACAGUUGAAGCAUACGUCGUGGAACAAGCCCCUCUGCCCCGACGGAAGACAACGUUACGCCAUGUUAACAAGCAUGAAUCCUUGCGCUCUGUCAGCUCGCCUCUGCCAGCCUCAAAGAGAACUUCAGUGCUUUCCAACUCAGACUCUCCGCACCGCCUCGUUCACAAAAAGGCACGUUUAAGCAAUCAAAAUCGCUGGAGCUUCGGUUCCGAGGUAUCCAGGUCGUACAGUCUGGCUUCAAGUGCAGUGCUGCCCAAGACCGAAGUGAUCCGAGUUGCAGUAAUUCCAGAGAGGAGUUCUUCUUUGAAUUCGUCUGCCCACAGCAGCCAGCGGCAGUCGCUUUCGAAUAGUUCUGGUCGUACUCAUUCCGGCAAGGGUUCGGACAAUCCACCAUCAUCAUGGCAUCAGAAAAAGGCAUUUUCGGAAUCCGUUGAACGUGGUAGGGAUCCACUCCAGGCACCCUUGACACCUGCACGGAGUUCCUCACUAUCUGCGCCCACCUCCAGGGCCACGUCUAGGGCCAAUUCAAUCACUUCUGAGCACCUUCAAGUUCAAAGGAAACAGGCGGAGAAAGACUUACGUAAGACUCUGGAUAGGAUGGAGUCCGAAAGGCUGCUCAACAGCCUGCGCGGUUCGGACCUCGCAGAUGAGGUUCAUGGCCCAGAGGGAAAUGCCACAGCCCGUCCAUAUCGCAAAUCUUCUGGACAAGGGCCCAUCAAAACCACGGCUGUGGCUCCCACGAACCUCAUUGUUGCGUCUGGAGACGGCGAAAGAGACUCGAACGCGCUUGGCUUGGUGGUCCCUGGGACGCAGGAGUGGGCAGCUCUUCGGCCCCCAUCAAUAUUUGAUACACCGUUCUCCCAGCCCUCUUUUCAAUCUGCUUCUCCCGAAAUCAACGAGGCAAAGGCGAUCAAUUAUUUCCCUCACAACAAUCAUUCCCUGCAGUUGAUUGAGCCUUUCUCGAUUGCAGAAUCAAGGGCUGUUCGGGAGGUUCAGAAGCAGAAUCUGCCAGAAAUCGAAGUGGAAUCUCCUUUGCGCCAUCCCCGACAACCUCCCCGCCCACCACAGUUCAAGGUAAUUCCGCCCACACCCCUCGAUGAGAGUGCCAAUCGUCAGCUCGGGGUCGACACGAAAAGCUCUAUGAAGCGUCCUGGCGGAUCGCGAACUCGAUCAGAAUCUUUCAUGAGCUCCAUUUCUCGCAAUCUGAGCUUGAAAAACGCUCGCAAUCGGAAAGCGGACCAAGAUCUUGACAACAAUCUCCAUCCAAUGUGGCGCCCUCGAGCGUUCUGGGAUGACAUCGACAAUACUCGCCCAGAAGGUCAACAGCCAGCACACGUACUUGCUGAAGGGUUUGUUAACAAUUCCUUGGGUCUGCCCCAAGAGAGGAUUGUCAUUACAGGGCCCGUGUCUCUGAUCCGGCGCAUCUCCGAACGUCGCAGGCAGAAUAGAGGGGUCGUGAAGCAAUCAAGUCAAUCAAGUCUAGCAAGAAUUCGAUCGUCUCGCAAAUUGCACCGAUCUUCAGGGCUAGGUUUACGCUUCCACCUCGCUCAGAUUGGAAUCAAGGCCGUUCAAGAAAGGAUGUUGCUUGCCAAACAGCGGAAAGAGGACGAACGGAGAGAAAAACGGAGAGCUGAACUUCGACGGAGCAUCGGAGCGAAUGUUGUCUCACAAGGCGACUCCCGGUUUCCAGCCAGCAACACGAGCUUGGGAAGAGAGAUAUAA